AUGGAUAAUGAGGAGGAGGAAUUUUUCGACGACAAUGACAGCGAUGUUUUAGACAAUGAAAUCGGAAGUCGACACAACUUUCAAAGCAUCAAUGUGUAUAGCUAUUUGCUUCCAAAUGGCGAAGCACUCUUGAGCCAGGCCGACCAGCUCUUCAAAAAGCUUCUUGACGACUUUCACCGAUGCAUCGCGGUGAACGAGAUCCGACCCGGUCUGGUCCGCUGCGACCGGCAGCUCCGGGACUACAUCGCCGAGUUCAACUUUCGCUUCACCAAGGAGCAGCAUCUCCUAUUGAUCAAACUCUAUUACAAUCUUAUCACCUCGGACAACAUCGAUCCCUACUUCAUUAUGGUGUUCUGUUCGACUUUUACUCGGCUAAUGCGACAUCCAGCGCUAAUAUCGCGAAAAGAACUCGAACUAGACUGGCGACCGAUGCACAAGAUUUACAAAAAUGCGACCCACAAUCCAAAGGCUAAUAGAAUGCUCAUUAUUUAUCCCUAUCGAUACACCUCUUCUAUCAAAGCGGCCUGUCGCGUGGCCCGUCGAUACUAUCCAGGGUGGGUUACACUGUUCGCCUUUCAAAGCGCACUCAUUCUGGCCUCACACCCGUGCUCCUGUGGCGCAAUCGCAAAUGUGACUCAAGCAAUUAUCGAUGAAUUCAUGCCCAUGUUCUGCACCGCUUCUUCGGACGGAGGAACUGAUGCAAACAACGAAGACGCACUCACAGGUCUUAUGACAUUCCUUCCUAUCCGCCUGUAUCCCGAAGAAAUACCUCUGUCCGUCGACCUCUGGCUACCGAAGCUUAUGAACAUUUGGAUGAAGCUAGACCAGAGCAAGCGCUGGGAAAAGUCAAUAAUCGCGCCUCUUAUCCAACAGGUGUCCCUUGCAAAUAUAGGCUACGUGAAUCUGCAACCGUGGUACCCAGAAAUUUUCAACAAGAUUUUGCGCUCCUUCGAGCUCCAAGUCGGCGAAGCGUGGUCGAAAUGGCGGCCAGCAUUAGCACCGAUUUCCAGCAACAUUGCUCCUGGUUUCAUCAUCUCUUUCAUCGGCGGAGAAAGGCCAGAAGCACAGGAAGCAUUUGCUUACUUUGAACAAAUGCUUGAUGCUGUGGCAACUUACGUCCAUCCUUCAAACCAUGGAAAAUGGACAGAAAAGCUCCUCCAAUUCCUCGACACCACCACACAGCAGCUCAUCAAACGAAUUGCUAACGAACGACACCGAAGAAGACCAAACUGGAUCCCCCUGCCACCAGAAGAUCGUCGAAUCACCGACGCAGACAUCGACCGCUACGCUAAUUUGAUCCAGCCACUUGCCAUGACAGCGCUUUUCAACAAAGCAGGACCGCACUUCGCUGCGAAUAUUUUGCAGUUUUUGGCGAUCGCAAGGCCAAAGAGGAUUCUUCCCGAUUUGAUCAGUCGCUGCCAGAUUGCUUUCAAUUCUCUUACGGAGCCACAUCAAGCGUCGAGUUGUAUUUAUGCGCUUGUUUCUCAGAUUUCGAUUAUUCUCAGCCACGAUGUGUCGGAUGACACUCGAUUAAGUCUCAUGCCGCUCCUGCAAGAUCUUAUCCCCAGUAUUGACAUUAACGAUCAAGCAAAAGCAAAUUGGGUGCUCUACCUUUUCGACUUCGUGUUCACCAAUUCCUUCCUGGAGGACUGCUCAAGUUUUAUCGGCGACGAUGGUUUGAGCGAGCGAGAUGACAAGCUCAUUCGACAAAGUAUGAUGAUCGAAGAUCUCUUCUGGAGCUACUGGGAGCAGAAACUCAAGUACAUUUCCGCAUGCAAUUCACAGAAGGAGACUUCCGGCGAAGGCUCCCAAGUGCAGUUGAUAAAAGCAGACUUGGAUACAAUCAUGCAUGUUGGCUACACUCCCGCUAUUGCUGCUUGUGGCGACGCUCUUUUCGAACCGCUUUUGCGCAAGAUUUUCCACUAUUGCAAAGAAAAUGUAUAUGGAGACACUACUGCCGCUUUUAUGACGACGAACUUGGUCCAGUCUCUUGUGGUAAGAGAUGCGGAGAAAACUCUCUCGCUGUUCUUUCCUUGGCUGUAUAAAAAGAUAAAAGACAUCAAACGAGACAACCCAGAAGUCAUCGUCGACGAGUUCCAUAUGGACAUUGAGCUUCAGUGGUCGCUAAUUCUUCUUGUCGACCUCAUCGUUGCUGCUGGAGAGUCAAUCUUGCCUUACAUGGACAAGCUGACUGAAAUACUCGACAUCGUUAAAGACAUCCGUAUCGUCACUGGAAUGAAACUUGUUUGCAAACUCCACUCGUUCAUCAUUACCACUCUUGCUGGAACACAUAUUUACCGACGAAACCAACGCUUAGCUACUCUCAAGACAGAGGAUCGAUCCAUACCAUCCGUAACUCGCUGGGGCUCAUUGUAUCGAAUUAAAGAAGCGAAAGAACUUCUUGGGUGGCAUCGUCCGACUCAGCCCGAGCUCGAUAUGGUUGUGAAAAUUUUCGAAACACGGCUCCAGCCUUGUAUUGACAAGCUGAAUGAAAUGGCUGAAACUGGAGUGGAUCUUGUCGUCAUGAAGCAGCAGAUCGCCGUGAUUAUCGGUUGCCUCGCUGGAAUCAUGAAUUCAGUUAGAUUCAACCACGGUGAGCAACUGCCAACAGUAGAAGGAUAUGAAAGUGUUCUUUCCGAAAAGAUGAACACACUCAACACCACUCAGGAGCCCUAUUUAACGGAAAAGCUUGCCCACGUCCCUCAAAAAGUCUUUCACGCCUUGAAGAAUGUCCUCUCGAAACUUGAAGAAGAAAAGAACAUUUCCGACCACAGAACGAUGCAUUGGAUUCUAUUGGCAAUGAAUUUCAGUUUCAACUUCCGACCAAAGAUGUUUGUACAUUUUCCCCAUCACGUCGACCAUUAUAAACGACUAUAUGGCCUCUACCGCUUGCAGCAACAUAAACGAUACCCAUUCGCAAUUAUUGAAGUUCGAGUUUACAACGACCUCGUUUGCAAAAGACCAUACCAGUACGACUACAAUUAUUUUACGCAAAACCAUUUAGAUUACCUCAAUAUUCUUGUGAAGUACGCACAAAGUCCCUUCACGCGCAUUCGAAAAAUUGUCCAAAACGAAUUUUCCAAGCUUUUCAAAUGCAAAACCGUGACGAACAUAUGCGGGCAGCACAUGCAAGGACGCCACGAAAUCUUCCUCAACAACAUCACUUCCACCCUCGAAAGCCAGAGCUCCGAGAAAUACCAAUCCAUCGAAGAGCAAGGUAAGCCAGAAGAAAAUGGCACAUCCUCAGGCGAUGAUGUGGAAAUGCUCGAAGACAUUACGAAUCUGGACGACGCUGGAUUAAUAAAUCUGCUAGCUAAUUUAAAGAAAGAAGAACUGGCGGACGCCAAAUACAAGCCCUUCGUCGACAAGCUGCGAACUGACAAAAACCUGCUAAAAGCCUUUCAAAGUGCUACGACUCGCAACGCGCGCGCCUCCGAGUCGGAGAAAAUGGAUACGACCGAGCUGCCUGAUCAAGCAACAGAGCUGGAAACGCACAAAACGCUGAAAGGUGCUCUUUAUCUCCUCGACCUCUCUAAAAAUGGCCACUCGUACACUUUCCUUGCGCAUUCCCAUGAUUACAGCCUUUGCAAGAGAAUUUGGCCCAUGGUGCUAAAAGUACGAUGCGACAAGAAAUCUGUCAACGACUUGGUGAUGCAUGUGUUUAAAAAUAUCAUGGACAACUACUCCACAAUGCUCUUUGACAACAAACUCGACAACGACGUCAUCGAAACGAUCAGACAACUUUCAUCCCUUUCACUCACCGCCGAAGAAAUUUCCGCAUCAAACGAGCGCAAAGUUCGAGCUGCUGAGAAUCGUAAAAACGACCACCAAGCGUUGAAACACGAGCUCCGCGAGUUGUGCUCGGAUGAACGGCUCAGCUGGACGCGACGCAAACUGUGCUACACUUUGUUCGCCAAAUUCAUGGUUCGGCUUGACGUCGAGAUCGAACCAGCCGAUGUGGAAUUGCUCGCCCGUGAGCUGACAAAUGAGCAACCCAAGUGGCGCUUGGGAGCUUUUACGUACGUCCAAACUGCCCUUCAUAAAAUUAAGCGAGUGCGACCACGAGAAUAUCUAAAAAGGGAUGAAGUUUCGGGCCUUCCCACGAUGGAAAAACUUCUGUACCGAAAUGCUUUUAGAACGGAAGAAGAUUGGAACAACGAGACUUAUUAUUCAAAUAGAAGUCAUCUUGGAUACACGACCUGGACAACAACGGUGAAAAAAUACGCUCCCAUCGAUGAGAAAAACCCUUCUACGUAUCCCAAGAACUCUGAAGACGUCACUGACAUCGAGAUGCCACUUUGGAAGAGAAUCACAGAUCCAGUUUGGGUAGCCACUGUAGCUGACCAACUUGCCCAUUGGGACAAGAAUGAGAAAAACCACGAGUCUUACAUGCGACAGACCAAUUGUUUCUUCAUCAAUUUGUUCCGUAAUUUUGGCCCUGAAGCUGUCGAGCCUUGGAUUGCUUGGGUAGAAAAGCUGAUAGUUCACACAGAGACGCGAUCAGUUCGAGUUGCCAUCAUCAUUUGGGCGGCUAUUGUCACUUGUAUGAACCAUUGGCCGGCAUCGAAGGCGUUCCAUUAUCAGAGAUGGGCAGUGUCCAUUUUGGAUAGAGCUAUUGCUGGUGUGGCGGAAGAGCUGAAACUAUUCUGGGAGCGAACGAUUGAAAACUUCACGAGUUCAAGAGAUAUCCGCCAGUACGCAAUUAUCUACGACUAUUUAUUGGAUACGUCAAGGCUUCUGCAGGAGAAUACAUCAUUAUCGAACGAAUUCAGACUCACACUGGUGCGAAAAUGUGUCUCUCAAGGAAUAAGUUGGAAAGCGCCAGAGUUCAGGACAAAGAUCUUUGAAUGGAUAAUGACGAAUCCAUCUGUGUUGGCCAACGACUACCAUAUGAUCCGUGCUGCUGUUGGCCAGCUGAUCUUCUCGACCCUCAUUUGGAAAGACAGAGAAACCGCGAGCAAAGAGAAUCCAUUUGCCCAUCAAGCGAUAGUCGACAUUUUCGAAAAAUACCAAAAUGCUGAUACAGAAGAAGCAAAGAACAUCUUUAACACGAUGCUUUUUACGCUGAACAAAAUUAUCGCUUUUGGACUGCCUGGAACUUGGAAGUGGCUUGGAGUUCUGUUGAAAGAAACGGGGCAGGCGGAAUUCUCAGAUGACUCCGAUCGCGAUAAAAUGACUCGCUGUUUAGUUGCUUUGGCGCAGAGUUAUCAAAACAGAGAAGUUGUAGCUCAUGGAAUCGAUGUCAUGUCACAAUGUGCUUCUAAGGAGUCCUGGCAAGUUCGUCUGACCCUUCUCAAGCUUUUGCAACGAGUUCUCUUCCGAAACUUCUUCCUGAAUCAAGUUCAUUCUGCAAAGAUCGAAAAGCUCGUUUUUGGCAUGUUGGAUGAUGCGAGGACGGAAGUAAGAGAGUGCGCGGGCCGUACUCUCAGUGGUCUGUUCCGAUGUAAAGUGAUCAAGCCUGGUGAUGAACAGAGAAUUUACUUUACCAAAAAGCUAAAAGAAGGAAAGACGGAUAUUGAGAGAGAUUCAGCUGUUCUUGGUCUCGAAGCUUUGAUUGGAAGCGCUCCUUACGAUGUUCCAACCUGGCUUCCAAAAACUAUAGAGCCCCUUUGCCACGCGGCUAGCACGAGUAAAAACUCUCCAUCGAAAGUUAGCGCCCAACGAGCACUGAGAGAAUUCAAACACACUCAUCACGACCAGUGGGAGGAGCAUCAGCACAAGUUCAAUGAUGAGCAGAGGCACAUGUUAACGGAUAUUCUUGUUUCACCGAGUUACUACGCUUAG